UCAGACCCUGGCCCUGCCCUGGGCCCAAGGGAGCACAUUGGGCUCCCUGCUGAGUAGGGCGCUCUGGUGGGGCUGCAGUCGUCCUGGGUCAGGCAGCCCCAGGCUCUGGUCCUGGGUUGUAGGCUUAGGGCUGCCCUGCACAGUGGAAUGAUUAACUCCCCAACUUCCUUUCUCUGCACAGAGCCCUUCUUAAACACAGGCCCACACACACGCUCCUGUGCACCGCCUCAGCCCCUGCUCUCUGGGCCCUGCCCCACCCCCCCAGCUGAUCUCGCCCAGUGGGAAGGGACAGGCGGGUCCCUCGUCCACACCCCUCCCUCCAGGUGUGGGCAUGAGCCUGGGCUUUGCAGCCAGAGGCCCCAGCAAAGCACACAAAACACUCUGGCCCAGAGCCUCCUGCGGAGAGCCGGAGGUGGAACCUGCCCGUCUGGCAGGCACCUGCUGGCCGCUCCACCUGGAACCAACCUCUGCUGCCUGCGAUGCCCACACCCAACAUCUCGGUCCCGCUGCCCACGUUCUUUUGGGUCAACGCCUCUGGAGGAGGGGUGCUGGGUGCAGACGAUGCCACACUGCCGGUCGAGUUCUUCGCCCUGAGGGUCAUGGUGGCCCUGGCCUAUGGGCUGGUGGGGGCCAUCGGCUUACUGGGGAACUUGGCUGUGCUGUGGGUGCUGGGUAACUGCGGUGCCCGCCGAUCCCCUGGCCCGCCUUCCGACACGUUUGUCUUCAGCCUGGCUCUGGCAGACCUGGGGCUGGCGCUCACCCUGCCCUUCUGGGCAGCCGAGUCGGCGCUGGACUUCCACUGGCCUUUCGGAAGCGCCCUCUGCAAGGCAGUCCUGACGGCCACCGUCCUCAACGUCUACGCCAGCAUCUUCCUCAUCACAGCGCUGAGCGUCGCCCGGUACUGGCUGGUGGCUGUGGCUGCAGGGCCUCGCACCCACGUCUCACUCUUCUGGGCCCGCGUGGCCACCUUGGCGGUGUGGGUGGCAGCGGCCCUGGUGACGGUGCCCACGGCCAUCUUUGGGGCCGAGGCUGAGGUGUGGGGCGUGCGUCUCUGCCUGCUGCGGUUCCCCAGCAGGUACUGGCAGGGGGCCUACCAGCUGCAGAGGGUGGUCUUGUCCUUCGUGCUGCCCUUGGGCAUAAUCACCACCAGCUACUUGCUGCUAGUGACUUUCCUGCGGAGGCGGCAGCGCCGGCGGCGGGACAGCAGAGUGGUGGCCCGCUCGGUCCGUAUCCUGGUGGCCUCCUUCUUCCUUUGCUGGUUCCCCAACCACGUGGUCACUCUCUGGGGUGUCCUGGUGAAGUUUGACCUGGUGCCCUGGAACAGAACCUUCUACACUGUUCACACCUACGUCUUCCCGGUCACCACCUGCCUGGCACACAGCAACAGCUGCCUCAACCCCGUGCUGUACUGUCUGCUGCGGCAGGAGCCCCGGCAGGCCCUGGUGGACACCUUCAGGGAUCUGCGGUCCAGACUGUGGCCCCAGGGCCCGGGCUGGCUGCAGCAGGUGGCCCUAAAGGAGGACCUGCGCGACACAGGAGCCACACAUCCUAGGGACAGCUGCCCUCCCGGCCAGGCCCUGGAGUCCCAAGGCAAUUCUGGUCUCUGAUCACCAACCCUGGGCGCAGGGGAAUCAGGAGGGCGGGGCCCAGGUCGGGGCUGGGUGUGACAAAGCUUGUCUCUAGUUGGAGGUGGAAAAGAAGAGGAACCGAGAAUAAACUUCUGGAUU